AUCUAUAUAAAUAAUAAUUUAAUUAUAAAUGUGAUAAUUAUGUGUGACAAGAUGUACUAUGUUUUCUUUGUAACCUUGGUUUCAUUUUUACAAGCUUCAGUGGUCCACGAUGUUUAUGACAGAGGUACGCACUGGCACAAUACAAGUUAUAGCCGACAGAAACGAGAUGAACCAGAUUGUAGUAUGAACGAAUGGAGAUGUAAUGAAGGGACUUGUGUGAGAAUUAACAGCGAUUGUGAUGGCAUCAUUGAUUGUCCUGACGGCAGCGACGAGACAUUCGAGUUGUGCAGAACACAUGAAUGUGACGCAUUUACAUUUCGUUGCAACUACGGCGCUUGUGUCGACGAAUCCGCUCCCUGCAACAACAAGCAAGAAUGUCCCGAUGACUCCGAUGAGCAAUUGCCCAGAUGUAAAGGACGGACUAUUAUAGAGGGUGAUAAGUUCAGAUGUUUAGACGGCCAGCUGCUUCCACUAGAUCGUCGUUGCAAUGGCGUAGUGGAUUGCAACGACCGUUCCGAUGAGACGCUGUCAUCUUGUGCAGAAUUGACUUGUACUGAGGAUCAAUUUCAAUGUGAAUACGGCGGUUGUGUGGAUGCUGAGGCGCAGUGUAAUCGGACGAUAGAAUGUGUGGAUGAGUCAGACGAGAAGGUGGAAUUAUGUGGAGUGCGUACACUUAUCCGGCCCACAACACCAGCACCAGUUACAGAACCGCCUAAAUGUGUCUUACCAGAGACACCUAGCAAUGGAUCAUACAAUGUAAUAACAGAAACAAAUACAACUGAAGUGGACUAUCUCUCGUUAGAGUAUUCCUGUGACCAGGGAUUCAAGUUAGUUGGGGAAGCUAAGGUGGUCUGUUUGAAUGGUAUAUGGCAAGAAAUACCACGAUGUAUACAAACUUGCGAACUGAUUAAACAUUUAAGCGUGGAUUACGAAUGCUUUGAAGAGUCAGGGAAGCCUAGAGCUUGUCAAUCAGAGGAAAUAGAAGGGACUGUAGUAAAGACAUCUUGUAAAGCACCUCAUUAUUACUCUCCAGUAGAACUACCUUAUAUGCAUUGUAUACAGGGUGUUUGGACUUCAGGACCUGCUUGUGCUGUUGAAUGUGGUGUACAACCACCGAAGUCCACACCGUUAGUAUUACAUGGUAGAGACGCUCGGUUUGCAGAAGUACCAUGGCAUGUUGGCAUUUAUUUCAAGAAUCCAAUGAGUAAGACACAUGUACAAAUCUGUGGUGGAUCACUAAUUAGUAAUACUGUUGUGUUAUCAGCUGCUCAUUGCUUCUGGAAUGAAGAUAUAAGGGCGUUGAACCGCGCGAUGUGGUACUCACUUGCUGUAGGCAAGCUUUAUAGAGACUGGAAUCAUCCGAACGAUGAACCAUAUGUUCAGAAAUCUGGUGUAUCAGAUAUAAAAGUACCAAAGCUGUACCGUGGUUUAGAGUUGUACUACAAAAACGAUAUAGCCUUAGUAUUUGCGACACAAGCCUUCCAAUACAAGCCCCACGUGGUGCCUGUGUGUUUGGACUUUACCGAGGAGUUGGGUAAUCUGCAGCUGAGGAAUGGGAACCGUGGCAAGGCAGCAGGUUGGGGCUUGACUACAGGGUUAGCUGGCUCUGAAGCUCCCAGACUGAAGGUCAUAGAGUUACCUUACGAGAAUUACGAAAGCUGUUUGAAUCUUACAACACCAGCACUAUCUCGGUACCUCACUUAUGAUGAUAAAAUCUGUGCAGGAUCGUUGGAUGGUGAGAUCUUUGGAUUUAUGUUGUCCUGGUACAUGUUAGUCUAAUGAGCUAGA